AUGUUGGUACACCAUGCAAAGACUACGCAGGCUUGGUUCCUGCAUGCAGAAAAGUUAUCUAAGAGAUAUGACCAGGCUAGAAUGGAAUCCUUAGACCACAUGGAGGCUGUUAAACUUUUACAUAAUCUAGGGAAAGAAUGGACACAAGGAUGGAGUGAGUUUCAAAUCAGUCCUGCCGAGGCAGAUGGCUUCCUCCGGCUCUGCUUACUGAAUGCGAAGUCACAGUCAGUAAGAAAACUGGUUUUCUUCUUCCCAGGCGCCGCCCCAUACCUGAAGACCAAGUUUAUCUGUGUGACACCAACGACCUGCAGCAAUACCAUUGACCUGCCGAUGUCCCCCCGCACUUUAGAUUCAUUGAUGCAGUUUGGAAAUAAUGGUGAAGGUGCUGAACCCUCAGCAGGAGGGCAGUUUGAGUCCCUCACCUUUGACAUGGAGUUGACCUCGGAGUGUGCUACCUCCCCCAUGUGAGGAGCUGAGAACGGAAGCUGCAGAAAGAUACGACUGAGGCGCCUACCUGUGUUCCGCCACCCCUUACACAGCCAAACCCCAGAUCAUCUGAAACUACUAACUUUGUGGUUCCAGAUUUUUUUUAAUCUCCUACUUCUGCUAUCUUUGAGCAAUCUGGGCACUUUUAAAAAUAGAGAAAUGAGUGAAUGUGGGUGAUCUGCUUUUAUCUAAAUGCAAAUAAGGAUGUGUUCUCUGAGACCCGUGAUCGGGGGAUGUGGCGGGGGGGUGGCUAGAGGGAGAAAAAGGAAAUGUCUUGUGUUGUUUUGUUCCCCUGCCCUCCUUUCUCAGCAGCUUUUUGUUAUUGUUGUUGUUGUUCUUAGACAAGUGCCUCCUGGUGCCCGUGGCAUCCUUCUGCCUGUUUCUGUAAGCAAAUGCCACAGGCCACCUGUAGCUACAUACUCCUGGCAUUGCACUUUUUAACCUUGCUGACAUCCAAAUAGAAGAUAGGACUAUCUAAGCCCUAGGUUUCUUUUUAAAUUAAGAAAUAAGAACAAUUAAAGGGCAAAAAAUACUGUUUCAGCAUAGCCUUUCUGUAUUUAAGAAACUUCAGCAGCCGGGCGCAGAGGCCGAGGUGGGUGGAUCAUGAGGUCAGGAGAUCAAGACUGUCCUGGCUAACACGGUGAAACCCCGUCUCUACUAAUAGUACAAAACAUUAGCCGGGCGUGGUGGCGGGCGCCUGUAGUCCCAGCUACUCGGGAGGCUGAGGCAGAAGAAUCGCUUGAACCCAAGGGGCAGAGGUUGCAGUGAGCCAGAAUCACACCACUGCACUCCAGCUCAGGCAACAGUGUGAGACUCCAUGUCAAAAAAAAAAAAAAGAAACUUCAGUUAACAGCCUCCUCGGUGCUUUAAGCAUUCAGCUUCCUUCAGGUUGAUAAUUUAUAUAUAACCCCUGAAACAGGCUUCAGGUCAAACCCUUAAAAGACAUCUGAAGCUGCAGCCUGGCCUUUGGUGUUGAAAUAGGAAGGUUUAAGGAGAAUCUAAGCAUUUUAGACUUUUUUUUUUAUAAAUAGACUUUUAUUUUCCUUUGUAAUGUAUUGGUCUUUUAGUGGGUAAGGCUGGGCAGAGGGUGCUUACAACCUUGACUCCCUUUCUCCCUGGACUUGAUCUGCUGUUUCAGAGGCUAGGUUGUCUGUGGGUGCCUUAUCAGGGCUGGGAUACUUCUGAUUUGGGCUUCCUUCUUGCCCCGCCCUCCCGACCCCAGUUCCCCUGACCCUGCUAGUGGCAUGUCUCCUCCCAUGUCUGAAGGUCCCUCGUCCUGUUUGUUUUAGGAAUCCUGGUCUCAGGACCUCAUGGAAGAAGAGGGGGAGAAAGUCACAAGUUGGACAUGAUGCAGACUAGGGGGCCCCAGCGACGUGUCUGGUUGAGCUCAGGGAAUAUGGUUCGUAGCCCAGUUUCUUGGUGAUUUCCAGCGGCACUUGUAAUGGCGUCUUCAUUCAGUUCAUGCAGGGCAAAGGCUUACUGAUAAACUUGAGUCUGCCCUCGUAUGAGGGUUAUAGCUGGCCUCCCUCUGAGGCUGGUGACUCCUCCCUGCUGGGGCCCCACAGGUGAGGCAGAACAGCUAGAGGGCCUCCCCGUCUGCCCGCCUUGGCCAGCUAGCUUGCCUCUCCUGUGCGUGUGGGAACACCUAGCACGUGCUGGGUGGGCUGCCUCUGACCUACAGGCAUGGCCGAAUUUGGCGACUCAACCACCUUGCCUCAGCUGAUUAGAGUUUCUGUGGAAUUCUGAUUGUUACAUCAAAUUAGCUGGUCUCUGAAUUAAGUGGGAGAAGACCUUCUCUAAGAUGAACAGGGUUCGCCCCAGUCCUCCUGCCUGGAGAGAGUCGAUGUGUCUUGCAGAGCUCUCGCUUCUCCAGCAACACUCUUCAGUACAUAAUAAGCUUAACUGAUAAACAGAGAGAAUAUUUAGGAAGGUAAGUCUUGGGCUUACCAUUGGGUUUAAAUCAUAGGGACCUAGGGAAAGGGUUCGGGCUUCUCUGGAGCAGAUAUUGUCAAGUUCAUGGCCUUAGGUAGCAUGUGUAUCUGGUCUUAACUCUGAUUGUAGCAAAAGUUCUGAGAGGAGCUGAGCCUUGUUCUGGCCCCUUAAAGAACAGGGUCCUCAGGCCCUGCCCGCUUCCUGUCCACUGCCCCCUGCCCGUCCCCAGCCCAGCUGAGGGAAUCCCGUGGGUUGCUUACCUACCCUAUAAGGUGGUUUAUAAGCUGCUGUCCUGGCCACUGCAUUGAAAUUCCAAUGUGUACUUCAUAGUGUAAAAAUUUAUAUUAUUGUGGGGUUUUUUGUCUUUUUUUUUUUUUGGUAUAUUGCUGUAUCUACUUUAACUUCCAGAAAUAAACGUUAUAUAGGAACCGUC